AACGAACUGUUAAAAAAUCCCUGAUUUAUCUCCUAUAUAAUAUCAUAUAAAAUUUACGUAUAUAAUGAACUAACGGAUACAGCGAACUGAUAUCUGAUCACCGACAAGCCUAUUUAUCACGAUUUAGCGACGUGUAUAGCGAACUGAGAAAUCUCACUCAGUGUCAAGUGUCACUGAAGCAACAUUACAAGCGACAGAUGAUGACGAGCAUGAUAUCUUGUUUUGAGAAGAAACAAGAUCACACGAUAAGCAUCCUGAAUGCAAUCGAGAUGGUACAUCGAGCGUGGCGGCAGGUUAAUGCAACAUCGAUAAAGAACUGUUUUAGGAAAGGUGGCUUCGUUUUGACGGAUGGUGUAGCUGAAUCCGACAGUGAAUCGGAUGACAUUCCCUUAUCAGACCUCCGGGAUGUAUGGGCUGAAUUAAAGAAUGUCACAGACAUUCCAUCCGAAAUGACACUCCAAGAAUUCAUAGACGCCGACCGAGAUAUUCUUGUUGCCGAACGUCCGAGCGAUGACGACAUUAUCCAGUCAAUUGUUGACAAGCGCGAUGGCACUAGUCGAAUGGAUUCUGACAAUGAGGAAAUGCAAGAUGGGAUUGACUUCGUGGAACCAGCCCAACCCUCCUUUGCCAAUGCAAAUAAGGCGCUUGAAAUACUAAAGCUCUUCUUGAAUACACAAAAAGCAACAGACAUGACCUCUUUUGACAGUUUGGCGGAUCUGAACGAUGCCGUGUCAGCGAAACGAGGCCAAAGUAAAAUCACAGACUACGCAUCUCGUAUGUAAAUUGAAAAAUGAUGAAUAUGUUUAAAUUUUGUACAUGUAUUUGAUAACAAUCUUCAGAAAAUGUUAUGAAUUUAAUGUUAUUAAAUGAAUGUUGUAAAUUGAUAUUAAUUGAAUGAUCACUGCUAAUACAAUUACUGCUGCAGUUACGUGUGUAUUGUGUUUUGUCUUAUCCAAGAUGGCGGACAUUUCCAAGCAAAAACGUGUUUAACGAACAACGGAUAUAACAAACUGAUUUCUCUGGUCCCUAGUAGUUCAUUAUA